AAAAAGGAGUUCGUCAUUCAUUGACAUCUGAACUCUGAAGCACUGCGUCAUUGAAGCAUGACUAUGAAUCCUAUAGUGCCCUCUACUGGUAGGGCUUACUAAACACGUAGUUUAUUGUAAUUUAUUUAAAAAAAAAAAAGAGACCUUAGGUUUUUUUUCCCCCCCAAUUUCCACUGCCGCGUCUUGCGUUUUCAAAACAAAAACACGUUCUGUGUGAUUUGUGAAUGAAUGCCUUUUUAAUAUGUCCCGAGACGGAGUUCCUCACAUCGCACUUGUUUUUUUCUGUAGUCCAUGAAAGAUCCACCGGAACUACAACUCGUCGCUUUGCGGGUUUAUGACGCAAGUGCUUACGUAACUAAACUUGAGCGAAACAUGGCGGCCUCCGCUAGGACACUUGUCCUCAGAGCUCUCUCCGAUUCUACGCGAAAUAUUCAUCAUGUUUCAAGGUGUCGAAUCAAACAUUUAUGCUGUCGUGCUGGAAUCACAGGGUGUCGCGGAUAUAGCGAUAGCACAGAGGGCAAAAGUACGCACUUUGGUUUCCAAACAGUCCCAGAGGAGGAGAAAGCAGAGAAAGUGUAUAAGGUGUUUGAAAAUGUGGCCAAGAAGUAUGACGUGAUGAAUGACGCAAUGAGUUUGGGAAUACACCGACUGUGGAAAGAUACACUGCUGCACACUAUGAACCCUCAGCCGGGACUACGACUGCUGGACACGGCUGGUGGCACUGGUGACAUCUCUUUUCGCUUCUUGGAGUACACGCGCUCAAUGUAUGAUCGUCAGCAGCGGUUGAGAGCAAAAUCCCAUCAGACACCAUCAUGGCAGGACAUCGCUGAUCAUUAUGUGUCAGACAAAGCAGGGCCUCCACAGUCUCGCGCGGUGGUGUGUGACAUCAACAAAGAAAUGCUCAAAGUUGGUAAACAGAGGGCGGAGAAAGCAGGAAUCACUACAGGUCUUUCAUGGGUCGUGGGAGAUGCAGAAGAGCUCCCGUUCGAUGACGAUCAGUUCGACAUAUACACUAUUGCAUUCGGCAUCAGAAACGUCACCCACAUAGAGCAAGCUCUACAAGAGGCUUUGCGUGUCCUUAAGCCAGGUGGACGGUUCAUGUGUCUAGAAUUCAGCAAAGUGACCAACCCUCUUCUCACAAGGCUGUAUGAUGCAUAUAGUUUUCAGAUGAUCCCUGUGUUGGGUGAAGUGAUUGCUGGAGACUGGAAAUCAUAUCAGUAUUUGGUGGAGAGCAUCCGAAAGUUCCCAGACCAGGAAACAUUCAAGGAAAUGAUCGAGGAUGCCGGCUUCUUUUGUGUCCAGUAUUUUAACCUGACAGGAGGAAUCGUUGCCAUUCAUUCAGGAUUCAAGCUUUGAGUGUCGGCAUACAAUGACAAGAAAGACUGCUGUUUUCUAAAAACAAAGAGUGGAGGACUUUAAAACGAGCACACUGGUGGACCAGACACAUGGGUCUCAGGAAACUCGGCAUGAAAAGUCCUUUGUUCUUGUAUUUGUUCUGUUAGUAAUGGAAACACUUUUAACCGCUGAAGUGAAAAUGGCAGAGACUGAAAUGUUCUGAAGUGUUGUGGGUUUGACAGAGAUGUUGGAAAUGGCUUAAUUAUUAAAGGCUGAUGAAAUGUGAGCACUAUUUUUAUUUGUACAAGAUGAACAGUGUGUUUGGUUUUUUGGAAGCACAUGCUGACCUAAUAAAAGAUUAAAUAUAUUUUGUUCUUUGAUCCCACUACAAAAUGUAAGUUUAGUAAUGAAUGUUCCCAACUGCAAUGAAUUGCAGAAUGCAGAGUUCUUGUAACAAGUUUCAACAAAAGUGGAUCCACACACUUCUGAAAUUGGUUCAUAACAUAAAAAAAACCAUGUGAUGUUUUGCUUGGUGAAAAUGAAACAGUCAAAUGUGUUUUUACUUUAAUAAAACCAUAUAUAUUUUUAA